AUGUCGACUACCGGGCCACAAAAAUGCGACGCCAUUGAUGGUAGCAUUGAGGUCGGUGUUAAGCAAGCUAAAAGGGACCCUAAACAGCAAGUCAUCCUCAAUGAAUUCGUGAUGAAUACGCCUGGUCACCUUUCGGUAGGUCUCUGGGCCCAUCCGUCCGACUCGGCCGACAAAUACUCAACGCUCAAGUUCUGGAUUCACCUGGCACAACUCCUGGACAAGGCAAAAUUCCGCGCCAUGUUAAUCGCCGACACCUUCGGAGCGUCCGAUGUGUACAAGGGACCUUUCAAAGUUCAAACCCUCAUUAGCUUCUGCCGCGCAAUCCCCUGUCAACAACACGCUCUAUUUGAUUCCUGCGAUGGCCGCUGCCACGGAGGCCCUUAUGUUUGGCGGGACGGCAAGUACAACCUACAAUGUACCUUACGCCUUGGCCAGGAGGUUCUCGAGCGCGGAUCCUCUGAGCAACGGCCGCGUUGCAUGAAACAUCGUGACGUCGUAUCUCGACAGCGCAGCGCGAAACCAUGGACUCAAUCAGCAGGUUCCUCACGAUGA